AUGCUGGUGCUGGUGCAGGACACAGUGCCCGCCUCGAUGCGGCGCGAGAGCACUAGACGCAAGCACUGCCAAUUCCAUGAAAGGGAGUCUGGGAUGCCGCCCGUCGGAGCAGAUGCCGCCCCGGGCAGCCGUGCCAGGAAAUGGUGUGUUUUUGAUGAGCUCAACUUUGUGCUUUUUCAGACUCCCGCCGUCCCCUCCAAGGCAACCUUCCAUGCCCACUCUGACCAGACCUGUCAAGUUGCUCCGCCCGCCCCCAUCGAGCAGAUCACAAAACAAAAUCAUCUGCAGCAUCUAAUUAUGGCUGAAGCGCUUUUCAACGCCAUGGAGGCCGAGCUCUAG